AUGGGGGACACCCUGGGCAGAGGGGGCGCCCAGAGGAGGCGCCUGAACAAGCGCGGCGGGGCUGAGAAGCCUGAGCUGAGACCGGAAGGCCUCACCAGCAUGGGCAGCCUGGCCGGCCGCGAGAACCUUGAAGAGGAGAAGAACUCAGUAUUCACCUGGGAGGUGAAGGCCAACGACCGGGCCUACAACAAUCAGUUUAAGGAGAAGAUCUUCCUGUGUCUGUGGAGAAAUAAGUACAAGGACAACAUCAUCCACACGGCCAAGUACAACUUCUUCUCCUUCCUGCCCUUGAACUUGUAUGAGCAGUUCCACUGCAUGUCCAACCUCUACUUCCUUCUGAUCAUCAUCCUGCAGGCCUAUAUUACGGCCAAUGCUCCGAAAUUUGCGGAUCAAAUCACAGCUUCAUACCAAUUGCUGCCUUGGUUCACCCUGUUCAUUCCGCUCGUGUCCCUCCUCGUCAUCCGGGCCACCCGAGACCUGGUGGACGACAUCGGCCGACACAGGAGUGACAAGACCAUCAACAACAGGCCCUGUCGCAUGCUGGUGGGGAAGAGCUUCUUGUGGAGGAAAUGGAAGAACCUGUGUGUGGGGGACCUCGUCUGCCUGCACAAAGACAACAUCGUCCCGGCCGACAUGCUCUUGCUGGCCAGCACGGAGCCCAGCAGCUUGUGCUACGUGGAGACAGCUGAUAUCGAUGGGGAGACCAACUUGAAAUUCAGACAGGCCCCGAUGGUCACCCACCACGAGCUGACCAACGUAAGGAAGAUGGCUUCCUUCCAAGGCAAGGUGGUGUGUGAGGAACCCAACAGCCGGAUGCACCACUUUGUGGGGUGCCUGGAGUGGGACGGCAAGAAGUACCCCCUGGACAGCGGCCACAUCCUCCUGCGUGGCUGCAAGAUCCGCAACACGGACACCUGCUACGGCAUGGUCCUCUACGCCGACGACAUGUUGAGCCAGCACCCGGGUGUGGCUGGGGAAGAUGAGUGGGUGGAGGAGAGGAUCUUCCUGACCCUGAUGCUGCUCUCCUCGAUCUUGACCUUGUUCUUUUGGUACACGAUGCCGGAAUUGAAGGGCAAGCAUCACUACACAGGCGAGAAGCGUGUAUACAGCUUGGCCACCGAGACCAUCCUCAUUUUCUGGGCCUUCCUCAUCCUGUUCAGCGUCAUGGUGCCCAUGGCCAUGUUUGUCUUAGCCGAGUUCAUCUACCUGGGAAACAGCAUCUUCAUCAACUGGGACGUGCAGAUGUACUAUGAGCCAAGGGACAGGCCCGCCAAGGCCCGCAACACCAGCCUCGCCGACCAACUGGGCCAGGUGGAGUACAUCUUCUCAGACAAGACCGGCACCCUCACCGAGAACAUUAUGACCUUCAAGAAGUGCUGCAUUGAUGGCAUCAUUUACGGAGGCCUGACGUUGGGGCGCGGGGGCCGUGGGACCCCGAACGGUCCUGGAGAGCUGAGCCUGAAGCAGCGUCUUUCCCCAGGCCCGGACGAGGAGGAGAUUCCACGUAAGGAGAACCCCUACAUCUGGAACAAAUUCGCCGACGGGAAGCUGCUUUUCCGAAACCUGAAGCUCAUGGGCGCUGUGCUGGACAGGAAGGACAGGAUGGUGCAGGAGUUCUGGCGCCUGCUGGCCAUCUGCCACACGGUCAUGGCGCAGGAGAAAGACAGUGAGCGACCAGACAAGCUGGUGUACCAGGCGGCCUCCCCGGACGAGGAGGCGCUGGUCACAGCCGCCCGGAACUUCGGCUACGUGUUCCUGGCACGCACGCAGGACAGCAUCACGGUGGUGGAGCUGGGGGAGGAGCGGGUGUACCAGGUGCUGGCCAUCAUGGACUUCAACAGCAUCCGGAAGCGGAUGUCGGUGCUGGUCAGGGACCCCGAGGGCUCCAUCUACCUCUACACCAAAGGCGCUGACAUCGUCAUCUUUGAUCUCUUGUGCAAGAAGGCCUUGACGGAGUGGAAGACGGAGGAGGCCCUAGCAUCCUUUGCCCAGGAGACCCUGCGCACGCUGUGCCUGGCCUACAAGAAGGUGGAUGAGGAUGCAUACAAGGUCUGGCACCAGCGGCACCAGGAGGCCAGCAUCCUGCUUCAGAACCGGGCCCAUGCCCUACACCAGCUGUAUGAGGAGAUGGAGCAGAACCUCCAGCUGCUGGGAGCCACAGCCAUCGAAGACAGGCUCCAGGAUGGUGUCCCCGAAACCAUCCAGUGUCUUAAGCAAGGGAACAUCAAAGUAUGGGUACUCACAGGAGACAAGCAAGAGACCGCGGUGAACAUCGGCUUUGCUUGCCGGUUGCUCUCGGAGGACAUGCUCAUCCUGGAGGAGAAGGAGAUAGUUCGGAUCCUGGAGGCCUACGGGGAGAGCAACAACAACCUGCUGGGUGACAAGGACAGUCUGAAGAACCUGUUCCUGCCCCAGGUCAAGACGGCCAUGGUCAUCAACGGGGAGUUCCUGGACCAGCUGCUGCUGUCCCUUCACAAGGAGCCACGGGCGCUGGUCCAGAACGUCAGCACGGAUUUGGAGUCCUGGCAGGGGGCGGAGGAGCAGACGCCGGACUUCCCGAAGGCCAGGCGCGUCUCUCCGCUGUGGCAGUCCCUCCGCAUCCAGCUGAGGAGCGCGAAGGGCAAGGGCGCCGGCAGCGGCGAGACCCCUGACGUGCAGCGGGAGCAGGCCUUCGUGGAGCUGGCCUCCAGGUGCCAAGCGGUCAUCUGCUGCCGGGUGACGCCCAAGCAGAAGGCCUUGAUCGUGGCGCUGGUCAAGAAAUACCGGGACGUGGUGACUCUGGCCAUCGGGGACGGCGCCAAUGACGUCAACAUGAUCAAGACUGCGGACGUCGGCGUGGGGCUGGCGGGCCAGGAGGGCAUGCAGGCGGUGCACAGCAGCGACUACGUGCUGGCCCAGUUCUGCUUCCUACGGCGGCUGCUGCUGGUGCACGGGCGCUGGUCCUACAUGCGCAUCUGCAAGUUCCUGCGCUACUUCAUCUACAAGACGGUGGCCAGCAUGAUGGUCCAGAUCUGGUUCGCCUUCUACAACGGCUUCACCGCCCAGCCCCUGUACGAAGGCUGGUUCCUGGCUCUCUACAACCUGCUGUACACCACCCUCCCCGUCCUCUACAUUGGGCUCUUCGAGCAGGACCUGAGCGCCAAGCAGAGCCUGGAGCUGCCUGAGCUCUACGUCCACGGCCAGCAGGACCGGCUCUUCAACUACUGGGUCUUCUUCCAGGCCGUCGCCCAUGGCAUGGCCACCUCUCUGGUCAACUUCUUCGUGACUCUCUGGGUGAGCCGUGACACGGCGGGGCCGCUCAGCUUCAGUGACUACCAGUCUUUUGCCGAGGUCGUGGCCCUCUCGUGCCUGCUGUCCAUCACGGUGGAGGUCAUUCUCAUCAUCAAGUACUGGACGGUCCUGUGCGUGCUCGCCAUUUCCCUCAGCCUCUGCCUGUACAUGGUCAUAACGUGGGCCAGCCAGAGCUUCUGGCUCUUCAGAGCCUCGCCCUUGGCCUUUCCGUUUCUGUACGCGAACCGCAACGUGGUGUCCCAGCCGUCUGCCUUGUGGUCCUGUUCCUUGAACACCCUGCCCGUAUUAGCCUUUCGUAUCAUUUACCAAGCUCUCAAGAAGCCACAUCCCAAGGCGGAGGCGGAGGCGGAGAUCCCGUCGCAGGAAAUCAUCACCGUGGAUACUCAGCCCUAUCUGCAUCGGGGGUCCCGGAGCCGGCGCUCCAGCUACGCCUUCUCCCACCGCGAGGGCUACGCGGACCUCAUCACGCAGGGCACGAUCCUUCGGAGGUCCCCGGCGAUCAACAGCGACAUCCUGGCAGAUCACACGUUCCUGCCCGAUGAAGAAUUGGUUCUGAACAUCACCAAGUCGCCCUGGUACCGUAGGAGGAUGUCGUUCCUGGUGAGGACGCUCCGGCUCCAGGAGAAGGUGUCCUCCGAAGAGGUGCCUUCCACCUCCACCGCGAGCUCCUCCCUGACCAUGGAAGGGAAGACCUCGGGCACCAAGAGCACGACCCCCUCCACGAACGUGCCAUCCACGUCGUCCCUCGAGAAGCUGUCAGCGAAGCAGGUGCCGCCGUAUUCUCCCGAGGGUCUGCCACCCACCACGGAGAGGCCACCGUCACCCAGAGAGAGCCAGCCACUGCCUUCGUACCAGUCGUCUUUAGAGAACCGGCCAGCAUCCCUGGAGGAGAAGAAGACCUUUUGGAAGAUGUCGCUGCUGUCCUGGAAAAGCUGGCAAAAGGAGUCCCACUCCUUCGAGGCGGGGACGGCGCCGCCUCCCAACGAGACACAGACAGCCUGCGCUGCGGCGGAAACUCUGCCCCCGAGCAGGGUGGGGUCACCCACAUGCGAGCAGGCGACGGAGGUGGAGCCCUCAGCCACCCAGGGGCCGCCAGCGCCUGGCGGGCAGCCAAGUGACACACCGCCUGGCACGGCAGCCCCCCCGCCUCCGCCUCGGGAGGGACAGUGA